AUGGCAGCAGUGUUGCUUUUAGUUAGCAAGGAGUUCAUCGACGCGAAGAUUGUGAAGGUGAACCCAGACACUCCCCAGAAGUCAGUCCGUGUUGCGGCGCUGCGAUCGCGCAAGAUCCUUUACGUGCCUCAGCCACGGCUUCGUACUGGCUUCUUCUCGCGGAUCGAGCCUGGAACCGUGCCACCGGAGAAGUAUAACUUCGCGGCAACGGCGCGCGGCAUGAAGCAGCUGGCUGAGCCCAUGGACUUGGAUGACAAGACGAAGAUCGACGUCGUUGUCGUAGGGUCUUCUGCGGUGCAUCCUGAAACGGGCAUUCGGGUGGGCAAAGGCGAAGGCUUUGCGGAGUUGGAGUACGGCAUGAUGAGACAGCUGGGCAUGAUCGACGAGAACACACCGAUCAUCACCACUGUGCAUGAUAGCCAAGUCAUCAGCGAUGACUUCCCGCCCAAGGGCAAGGGCAUGAUGAAGCACGAUGUCCCUGUGGAUAUCAUAGUAACGCCCACGCGAACCAUCUACGUGGACAAAACAAAGCAGCCAACGAAGCCAAAGGGAAUCUACUGGGACUUGUUGAGCAAGGAGAAACUGGCGACCAUCCGGGUCCUGCAGGACUUGAAAGCCCGGAUCGAAAGCCAAACAGGCAUAGAGCUGGAGCUGGCAGAGCAAGAAGAG